AUGCCCAGCGCGACCCGCCCACCAGUAGACCAUUUCACGCCCGUCUCUCCAACCAAAGAGACCAUCGAUUUUGUCUCCCUCCGCCAAAUCGAUCUAUCGACAUACGAUGACGGCCCUGAAGCCCGCAGCUCCCUCGCAGAGCAAGUCCGGCUCGCCAUGACGACCCAAGGCUUCUUCAUCCUCGUCAACCACGGCAUCAGCGCCGAGGAAAUUGAACGCCAAGUCGACAUCGGACACACUGUACUGAGUCGGACAUCCGAAGAGGACAAGCAGCGACUCCGUGCCCCGAUCAGAGAAGAGGGCCACUACUUCGGCUUCAAGCCCCGCGGAAUCUGGACUGUAGAUGGAAAGACCAAGGACAAGAUCGAGCAGUUCAAUGUGUAUCGAGAUCUGAAUCUGCAUGAGCAGCCUGAUGUGUUGGAACAGUAUCGACAGGAGGUCUAUGAGUUUGUGAAGGAAACGCACACUGGCGUGCUAUAUAAGCUGCUUCGGCUGUUCGCUAUUGCUCUGGAAAUCGAAGACGAGGAGUUCUUUGUGAGGCUGCACGACUAUGAGCGGCGGGAUCUGUCGUGGUUUCGAUACAUGAAGUACUACGGUGACGAGUAUGAGUCGAAGAAGGAUGGCGGGAAGACUGUUUGGUUACAAGGGCAUCAGGACUUUCCUUGUCUGACGCUACUCUUCAGCCAGCCGAUGACUUCGUUGCAGGUGCGGGACGUUAGCGAUAAUGCUGAGUGGAAGUAUGUUCCUCACGUUCCAGGCGCCAUGGUCAUAAAUGCUGGCGAAAUCAUGCAAUGGUUCACCGGAGGAUACUUCAAAGCUGCCAUCCACCGUGUAGUCGAGCCACCAGCGGACCAAAGAGGCCGUAGUCGGUUUGGUAUCUUCUACUUCAGUGUCCCAAACAACGAAGUAGUAACCAAUACUGUCCUCGAACAGAGUCCACUCUUGAGAAGGGAGGGCGUCCAGAUGGCGCACAAACCCGAGGACGCGCCGACGAGCGAGCAGUGGGUGACAGGACGAGUCAAGAUAACGGGCAAAGGAGACAAGUUCGAGGGGAAAGGCGACGCGGCGGCGGAAGUUGAGAAGGUAGGAAAUGUCACAACGACUUGGUUUAGGUAG